UAGUACGGACAUUAAGUCGACCGACCCCUUUCCCAUCCAACCGCUCCCUGCCUAAGUUACAGAUGUUUCCAGCCGUUGGAUAUCAUAGCGCGUGAGCUUCCUACUGGCUUAGUCCCCAGUGUUCGAAUAUUCGAAAAAACAUUCCAAUCCAUGGGAGAUAAAGAAACCCACGAAACAUAACCUUAAUUACCUGCAAUAUAAAAUACAAACAAAAAAACAGAGUAGGAGCAAAGCAAACAAAGCAAUGACCGAAGCUUUAAACAGAGACUACCUAGUCUGCGAGGAGAUCGGUCGUGGACGUUUCGGCACCGUCUUUAGAUGUACUUCUCGCGCUACCGGCGAUUCUUUUGCCGUCAAGUCCAUCGAUAAGAGCCUUACUUCUGGUGACUCCCUCGACGCCCAAUGCCUCCUCACGGAACCGAAGAUACUUCACCUUCUCUCACCUUAUCCUCACGUAAUCCAGCUUUACAACCUCUAUGAAGAUGAAUCUCACCUCCACAUGGUAAUCGACUUGUGCUCCGGCCAGGAUCUUCACAAUUUAAUAUUAUCUAACGGCGGCGUUGUUCCCGAGGCGGAAGCCAGAAUGCUUUUUCUUCAGCUGAUGAGAGCCGUUUCCCACUGCCACGAGUACGGUGUCGUUCAUCGCGACAUCAAGCCUGAUAACAUUUUGCUCGACUCCAGAAACUCGGUGAAGUUAGCCGAUUUUGGAUCCGCUGAGGUGGUUAUGGACGGGGAGAUGAUUAAUGGUGUUGUAGGCACGCCGUACUACGUGGCGCCGGAAGUUCUGGUCGGAAGAGGGUACGGGGAGAAGGUGGAUGUUUGGAGUGCUGGAGUGGUGCUAUAUAUUAUGUUAGCCGGGUUUCCACCUUUCUAUGGUGAAACCACUGUGGAGAUAUUUGAUGCGGUUUUGAGAGGGAAUUUGAGGUUUCCGGUGAGAGCUUUCCAAGGCGUGUCGCCGGCUGUUAAGGAUCUAUUAAGGCGGAUGCUUUGUAGGGAUGUUUCCAAGAGGUUUUCUGCGGAACAAGUAUUAAGGCAUCCUUGGAUAACAAAUGGAGGAGGAUGAAGUGAGUGAGUGAAGAAGCUCUUAGCUCAUACUGUUAUGUAUGUAUGUGUAUGUAUAUACAUAUAUACUUUUAGGUAUAGAUAUGCUAGAUGGAUUGGAUUCCGAGUGUAUAUAUCCUACUAGUUUUGAAGAGGUUGCUUUUGUUUUGGUAGAACAAGAGGAAAAAGAAAAGAAGUUAUAUAUGUACAUUAACAAUAGUUUUUCAACCUUAAGAUGAUGCUUUUUUUUUUCUAUGGGAGAAAAAAUAAGUGAGUUUUUUUUUUUAAAUAAUUGAUAAUGUAUAUAUUUAGAAUUAUUACUAUUA